AUGUCACUUGAGAGCAAGUCUAGAAGGUUGACCUUUGCCACCCACAUCCAAUAGUACUGCUCAAAGGUUGCCCAUAACAUGUUUUGCUUCUUGUCCCACUAGAUAUCUAAGAUGAGAGUGAAGAUAUCAUGCAGGGCACACAUAUCUUGCCCCACACCUCCUUAACUAUUUAGCAAGUCCAAUCAGUGGCCAUAUAUAUUGACAUAUCCAUUUAUACACAAUAAUUCAUUUUUUUAAUAUGAAAAAUCAAAUAAUUCACUUUUUAAAAAGUAUACAUAUGUAGCGUAUUUUUUAAAUUAGUAAUUAUUUGAUUUAUUUAUACGUAAGUUAGGAUUAUAAUCUCACUAGUUUUAAAAAAUAAUGGAAUUUGGGUGGAGGGUUGAAGCUUAGGUAGUGAUUCUCUAUCUCUCUUUGCUAGUGUGCCCUUGAGAGAAGAAGGUCCAAGUUGUGAAGAUAUAGAGAUCCAAACAAGUUCACUUGCAUUGCAUAGCAUUCUAGUAACCAUGGAGGGGGGUGGGGGUCAGAAUAAUGUUAAAAAGAUAGGGUGGAUGAAAGUAUGUGGAAUAAAGUUUUUACCCAAUUAAUUGAAAGUAUUAUAGAUAUGCUCAAGCGAGGGGGAGAGAGAGAGAGGCGCGAUCAUCGUUCACCACAUCUAAAGCUUCCCGCCACCAAAAGCUGCGGCGCGGUCAUUGUGGGGUUCAACCCAGCCAGGUUCCUGCGGAAGCAAGGGCCUUUCCGUUCGACGUAGGCUUGGGGGAGGCGGCGGCGUGGCCGACAAAGGCGGAGACGAGGUCGGUGUGGUUCCGUAGCCGCUCCAGGAGCGACCGCGAGACCUGCAAGACCUCCCCCACUGGAUCCAAAUCUCCGAGGACGUCGUCGUCAGGAACAGCAGGAGGAGGUCAGAGGAGGAGAAGAGGCUCCGUUCCAUAGCAGUAGAGCGAGGAGAGACGGAGAUCCGGUGGCUUACCUUGGAGUAGCAGCGGAGCUAAAGCGGACGCCGGCUUGGGGUCUUGCUUGGAAAAGGAACGGGAGGAGAUUCUCUGCCGGACAGGUACUGCGAGCUCUUGCCAGGUAUGCCCCCGGCGACUCGGAGCUUUUUUGGUGCCUCUUCUUCCGUUGAUUUUGAUAUGUGGAGGAAAAGAGAUACAUCAGGGUUUUGUCUCGUUGAAUUCUUCCAGGUCCUCUUACGUCCAGGCUGACUUGGUGGCUGGUUCUCCUGGGACUUCGGAUUAGCUGACUGGUCCCUACUGGGAUCACAAUUGAUACAGUAAAUUGGUUGGUGGAGAAUGCCGUGGUGUAAGCAUUGCCAAGAGGUCUGUCCGACAGUGCGAGAUGAGGACCGUGGUUACAUGUGAGCCUCCUCUUCUUUCUUCUGAAUCCUCUUGCAGCAAUCUAAUGCGAGAUGAGCCUCCUGUUCGUUUCGUGUUCUAUGUCAGAAGUAGCAUUUUUCAUUUGUUUACUCAUUCUUUUCAAUUUCUCAGAUGCUGUGAGGGUUGUGGACGUGUUCUUGAUCAGGACAUAUAUUAUAGCGGGGUUACUUUUGUGAAAACCAGCUCUGGUCAGGUAUAUGCCUCGUCUCUCAUGUAGAUUCUAUUUGACAUGGCUGAAGUAUCUCCGGCCUAGUUAUGGCAUCUUUUUAUGUAGAUCCCUACCCUUUGUUUAACAUUUAGCUCUUUCUUGACAGAGCCAAUUGGCAGGUGCUUUUAUCCGAAGUGUCCAGAGUGAGUAUUCUUUAUCCCACGAGAGAACUUUGAUGAAAGGUAUGUGUUGCAGGUUCCUCUAUCCUUUUCACUUGUCCUUAUUUAUCGUGCCUAUGCUUUAACUUACUUUUAUGAGGGUAUUAAUAUGAUGUUUAUUUUUUACAUAAUACCUUGUAUAUGAGCUGCAUCAGUUUUAUAUGAUCUAAAAGCUGAGUUUGCUUUGUCUAGGAAAUGUAGAGCUCAGGUUCUUAGCAAUGUCUUUGGAGAAUUUUCAAGGGCAUCUUGAGAAUAUUUGUUAUAGAGGAGUCUUAUCAACAGUUUAGAUGAUUAUAACGUAGUCUUAAGGAGAUGACAGAAAGUGACAGAUAUAAGGGUAACAAUGGACCAUCCGAAGCAGAAUGAAGAAGUAAUCAAACAAUAAGUUGAGGAGGAUUGUCUUUGUUGCACUGGAAAUAUAGGCGCCAUGAAUACAAUGCAAUUAUUUCAUCCCUAAUGCAUGGUUAUUAGCAAUGCAUGACCAUCUUCUCAUCAGCACUAAAUUCAUUCAUCCGCUAUCCUCAUAACUUAUAUUAUGGUUAUUAUGUUUAAUAACCAUGUUGUUGAUCAUUAUCCCGCUAUUUGCAAAUAUUUUAGAGUUGUAUUGUGUUACUUAAAAAAUAGGUUUGAACUGAGUGUUGUUCGGUUCAAUCCGAAUAUAUUAUGAUCAUUUCAUCAAUUGUCAUUUAUAAAAUUGGAUUGCUAUAUAAGUAUUAUAACACAUUGUAUGAUCUAAACCAGAUGGGGAUUUAAGUGAAUUUGGGUAUGUCUGUACAUGUGAUUUAUAAUAGUCAGGGCACUACUUAGUCUUUUAAAUUGCUUAGACAGACAAGUAAUGAAGGUUGGAUGUCUUGUGCAUUUUUAUUUGACAUUGAAAUCUCUAAUCUAGUCCUUUAUGUUCUCACGCAGUCUUUUAUUUGACAUCUAUUUGACAGUGCAUUCCGAAAUUCAGAGUGUUUCAACUUCCAGAAAAAAGGAAAGAAAUGAUUAGUUGUUAAAUUAAUAUUAUAUUGCUAGUAACCAAUACACAUUAAUUAAUAUCUAAUUUCCCUUGGAGUUUUUUUCAUUUAUGAAUUGAACAUUCACUGAAUAUGGUUGUAUGCUUUUUUUGAUAUGGGUGGCGCUUAUUUUUAUCAUACAUUUCUUUGUCAAACAUUUUGUAGGAAGGGAUGAAAUCAAGGGCAUCGUAGUUAGUCUUUCUGUGGCCGGUGGUGAUUCAAUUAUUGAUCAGGCUCAUGCUUUCUAUAAAGUAGGCCUACUUCUCUCUUACUUUGUGGCUCUUUUAGCAUCGUUUAGUGAUGAGGUUAAAUCUUUUUUGUGUUAUGAAGAUAGCAGUUGAGCGAAAUUUUACCAGAGGGCGUCCAACAUCACAGGUUGCUGCUGCUUGCUUGUACAUAGCUUGCCGGUAGUGACUCUUGCCCUCACUCAUGCUUUCCUUACUUUAUAGCCUCUAAACUUGGUUAUUCUACAUCUGACAGUACUAACCUUUGAAAGAUCAACCCGCUGUAUUUCGAAACAUCUUGUUUGGGAUUAUGUAGUUCCAAAGAGAUCAGAAAGAGGCACAAACUAGUGACUUUAUCAACGUUCGAUAGGUGAUGGUAUGAAAUAUAUAAGGUUGUUAUUUAAACUGAUAGACAAGACAGCAGUUGAUCAAUUUUGAAAGAAAAAAUGAGAAAAAAAUGGUUAUGAUCAAUUAUGUGCUUUUAUAUAUAUUUUUCAGAAGGCUAAGGUACCAUUUAAAGAGCAUCUUGAAUGGUCUACUAGUAGUGGAGCGAUUAAAAAUUGUCUUUGAAGGUAAACAUGCCGUUUAGAUGUCUUACUAACCAUUCAGCUUUAGUUUGUUUGAAGUGGAGUACAGCAGUUGAAGAGGGUUCUGAAGGCCUUUAUGGUGAAGAGAUGGAGACCUUUUCCUAAUUAAUGACAUUUGUAGGGGCUAAAACUAGACAACCCUAUUUGUUUUCUGUGUUUGAAUUGGUUUAUUGUUUUGGUCCACAGAAGUGCUUUUAGAUAGGAAGUAAGUAUAGUCAACGCAAAUCUAAUGAUCACGGAAGAGGGUGCAUGAUUGAAUGAAAGUGUAAUUUAUCAAAUUGAUUGAUAUACUUUAUUUUUAAUUAAAUAUCUAUUUAAUAGAUGGCUCGUGGUUUAGAUCAGAGAAUGUUGACUUAAGGCAUAAAAACUUUUAAAGAUAUAGUGGCUGAGUUCUCUUUUCCAGCUUUUAUUUUUUUAUAGUAACCUUUCCCGACUUGGUCUCCUUUAAGGCUGGUGGUCUAGUUCAGGACUGAUGAAAUAUCAACUUGAAUUGUGGAUAAGUUGAUUUACAACAUCUGGAUAAUGUACACAGGUGAUAAACCAUUUUGGACAUUCUCUUAAAGUUGAUUGAGAAUGUAUACAUUUAAAAGUUUUUGAGAAUAUUGGCACUAAGAGUAUGGCUGUUCAAGGAUGCAUACUUUAUGAAGGUUGUGGCUUUGGAGUUGUUUCCAAAAGGGAAGAUGCUUGGAAGUGUGUGCACAAUAAGCAGCUAUGCACACAAUAAGUGUGUAGGGUGGUUCUUUCUUUGUCACAAUCCAGCUAUACGAGAUGGAUUAAAGAUAUAUAGGAUGUCAGGAUUUUAGAGAAUCCAGGGGCUUCUGUGAGAUUGCCAUUGCAUUCAUAGUUUGUUAACAUAGGUUCUUAAUGCAGUUUUGGAGGGCUGCUUCAGAUGCUAUCUCAUUAUGAAAUAAAACUAUGAUAAGUUUCACGUUGGCUCCCAAAUCUAUAGCCUUCUUUCAAUGCCUUUCUAUGUUUAGUGAAUUGAAUCCAAGAAUAUGUGCACAAUUUCAGUAAGUCUCUUGUCCUGCUUAAGGAAUUUACAGGAUUGAGGAACAAUCCCUGAUCCAGCAGUGAUUGGGGUUUAACUCCAUGUUAGAUGAAAAGGCGGAAUUUAGUUCAAUCAUGUUAGGAAAAACGCUGUUUCCCAAGGUUUUCACUGUAGCUUGCCACCUUGGUCUUGGCAUAACUAACUCCAACUGUGAAACAUGUUUAUUGCAGUAGUUUAUCUGGGGCUUGAAGGAUUGAUAGGUAGGACAUUUGUAGAAGGUGGUGGGGAGGAUUUUCCUAUCGCCAUUCAUAUCAUGCUCUGCUACAUUGUUGCAUUUCCAUGUUCCUCAAUUUCCAGGCCAUCAAGACGAAUUUUGUCUCUCUUAAGACUUUGUUCUUGAUGAAAAACUCAUUUAUAUGUUACAGAGAAUGCCAUCAAGAGGAUUUUGUUUUUUAACUUUAGUGGCAUGCAGCAGACCGCAUUUAUAGAGAUGAUGCUGAAUGAGUCAGCAGACCGCGUGUCUGCUUCCAUCCUCGAACUAAUAAUCUUUCACUUAUCUCACUAGUGUACUUGUUGUUAUUGUGUUCCUGCAGUAACUUUAUCUUUCGAGUAAAGUAGCAUAUAUAUAAAGGAGAGGGGAAGGAUGCCUGAGAAGUUGGGAUGUAUGAGAGACAUUUGCCAAACUAAAGUAAAUAUAGAAUGAUGGAAAGAUUCUCAAAUGAUGGGAAUGACCGUGGACAUUAAAUAUGGUUGACCUUAUGGGGCAUGGGAUUAUUCUAACUGCAGUUUUAAAGAUGAGUUCUCGUGCCUCUAUUAUGACACUCGUGAUUUUAAUUGACAUUUUGGAAGAAUCUCAGAUUAUGUCUCUUGAUCUGAGGAUGUACACUUGGAAUCUGCAUAGAUGCAAUGUAUGUGAGCGAAGACGUUUGCAUACUUAAUGAAUUUUUUAUGUGGAUGACAUUUAUUACUUAAUGAUAGCUUUUAGUAUCUUAUUUUGUUAUCAGUGACAAUUUUCACUCACUGCGUGCGCUUAUUGACCAUUAACAUUUUUUUAUGUAUGAACAAAUGCAUUUAAGCUUUACAUAUUUGUCCAUAAAUAUAGCUAAAAGCUAUUUUUACCGUAGGUCUUAACUGCUGCCUCUUCUCCAUGAUAAAUUAAAAGCAUAUUCUACACUUUUGUUUUAUGGUGUCAUCUACCAUCCUCAUCUUAAAUGUCAACAGACAUAUUUGGAGGAUGAUUUGAGAAACACAACUAUCAACAUUCCUGUCCAAUAUGUGGCUAUUUCCUUUUAUUGUAAAGUGAAACAUGUUGAAAAAAAGAUGUUACUUUAUUUUUUAGCAACAUCAGAGGUUCCCUUUAUUCCAUCGAUGUGAACAAACAUAAGACGAUGAUCCCAUUGACAGAAAAUGCUAUUUCGUCAAUCCUGAUCUGUUUAUUCCGUUUAUUUAAGGAGCUGACCCUUGCCAUGCUGAUUCGCAAUUUUUUUUCUACCAAGGAUCAACCAGUGCUUUGAGGAUUAGGAUAAAUCAUGUGCAUGGUUCUCAUUUUAUGUUAACGUUUGCUUAUUGAUUCAUGAGUCCACAUGGAAUUUUCUUGAGUAAAAGUUAUUUGAAACAAACUUCGUGCUGUUUUGCAGGCAGAAUAUGAAGCCGUACCUUCUGAUUGAUUUUUCAGAUUACCUGAGGAUAAAUGUGUAUUGACGAAGCUCCUUUCCCUUUCAUUAUAGUGAUAUGUCAUUGAAGAGAAGGUUGUUUAUGCUAUUUUCUAAUCUGAAUGGUUUUAUCCAUCAAUGCAUUUUUUUCUUUCAGCUAUGUGCUAGGCGCCGUGUUUUUGCAGCUUUGCCUACUCCUAAGACUUGAAGAACAUCCCAUUGUUCAGAAGCCAGUGGAUCCAAGUCUUUUUAUUCAUAGAUUUGCUGAACGUAAGUGUGCAUUGCGAUUUUCAUCUUCUGUAUAUAUAUUUUUUCUGAUGCUAGGAUCUAGCAGCCUUUUCCUUAAGAGUAUAAUAUACCCGUAAUUUUCUUCAGCCCAUGAAAUGACUGAUAAAUUUUCUGUCUGGGCAUAGAGCUCAUCUGGUUGAAAUAAAUAGCAUUAUGCACAGAAUGCCAUUCCUCAUGGUGCCACUUUCAAGUUAUGAUGGAACAAAUUAAUGCCAUAGAAGAUAAGAUGGGGCUGUCCCUCAAUGUUUUUGAUACUCCUCUCCAACCAUGUUAAACCAUCUAUUGAGGGAAAGGUGAUCUUCAUUUUUAGAUCUGUUUUCUGCCAAACGUUUUAUCCGCUUUUUCUGUUAAUUUACAGAUUAUGUGGGUAAUGUUUAUCAAAUUUGACAUAGUGUUUAUAAAUUAGGAACUAGACCAGCAUCAUUGUUUUAGAACACGAUGUAAAUUGCACAAGAAAUUAGAAACGUGCUGCUAUAAUGUUAAUCUAUGGGGAAGACUUCCUCAAGUCCAAUUGAAAGGUGAUGGGAUCAUAUUUUCCCCCAUAAAUUUGAUCCAGUUACGGCCUUUCUAAGUUUACAAUAACGAUUAGCUCUAUAACUGUAGUGGGGAUAAGGUAAUUCAUGUAUGGACGCGUGCGAGUAUAAGUGCUUGAUUCUCGAUCUCUAUAACUGCAGUGUCUUGUUUUUGUACUGAUGUUACUUCCUGCACUUCACAAUGAAACUGUGUGCUCAGUUCUUACUUAUUGAUACCCUUUAGGGUUCAUUUCCUUGGUCACAAGUGGUUCUGAAGGAAGUGAUGCAAUCUCGAAUGGUCAUAAAUACCGCUAGCAGUUGUCCUACAGUGACAAUUUUCAACUUUAUUAAGCUUCUUCGUAGAAUUGUGCUUGACAGUUUGUCAUUAUAUCUCGAUAUUUAUAAGGAGUGUUAUGUAGGUUUGUUGGGGGAAAAGAACUCCGAGGUAAUUAAAGUCGCAUUGUCUAUCAUUUCCAGCAUGAAGAGAGACUGGUUGCAGGCAAGUUGGUUUAGUAGUAUUUUUUUCUCAUAAUUUUUAUGUUCUAAGAUCGUGUUUACAGUUUUACUCAUGUUGUUCUCUUGUAAGCUGAUUACAACUUUGAUGACUCUAUAGACGGGGAGGAAACCCAGUGGCUUGUGUGGUGCUGCAUUAUAUAUUGCAGCUCUUUCUCAGGGCCUCAAAUAUUCAAAAUCAGAUGUGGUAAGUGGUUAUGCUGGCAAUAAUUGAUUUUUCUUCCUAACUGCUGGUAAAUUUGUCGUUUCCCAGAUUUUUCAUGACAGUUUGGGAAAUGUUUCUGCACUGCUUGCAAAACAAUAUCUAAUGCUUUAAGAUUAUUUCUGGAAGAACUAGAGCCAAAGGUUUUGUUUUUUUUAUGCUAAUAUAUGCUUGAAUGUUUCCUGCAAGAAUUUCAUUUUAGUGCUCUGCAAAAUUCAUCUCGAACAUGCGAGGGAGUUCAUUUCAAAGAUAAAUUGCACAGUACGCGGAACCCGAUUUUUGCAAGUUUUUUUGGUUUUUGUGAAACAGACGACCACAUAUCAUCGGUAGAUUGCGGGCGUACAUAACUCAAUUUGCUGUAUGCAUUUACAAAGGGUUCACAUGACAAGGGUGAUAUGGCAUAGAAACUCAUUGGAUAUAAUGGCAUUUUGCCAUAGAUCAGUAGGAUUUUGAUAGUAUCCCCCCAGGUAAAUAGCUCAAAUGAGAGAAGAAUCGAGAGAUAAUGCUCGGAAAUAGACUGGAAAGUCAGAACUGAAAUAUAGAAUGAGAGGAUAGAGGGUUUCUGGGGAAACCCUAGAACAAGUUCGAGGGCGAGUUCGAGAGCGGCCUCAGCUCUCCCUGAUGACUUCUUCCCAAAAAGUCCCCCAAGUUACGACCCCUAAGCGUCCUUAUACCCAUCCGCUUAAUGGGCCUUGGCCCAUCUAUCCUCGGUACCCUAUAUCUCUCCAGCUUGUUGCGUUGAUAACGGGCCUGGUGUUAAGCCUGGUAACACAAGGCCUAACAGAUUUAUGCAAACAUGUGAAGAUGGAAUAGUUCUCAGUAAAGCAUAAACUGCUUAUAAAUUAUUGCAUAACUACAUUGAUCAUCAUACCUGCGGCAAUAAACCAAUCAAUCAUUAAUAUUAACAAGCCUACAGAAUGCUUCUUGGAAUAUCGUUUUUCUUUUCACUUUACAACCAACCAACAGACAUCCAUUGGUUUCGAUCAAUUUGUGACUGUGGCUUUGGUAUUUCGUGUCAUAUGUGUAUAUACCUACAGUAGUUAUCAAAUGUUUAUAUUUUAUUAUAGAAAUAUUUUUGAAAUGCUUAAGAACGUUUCAUUUUGUUGAUGUAAUAAGUUAUUGGGAUAUUGCCUCAAAACCUACGGUUAACUUUUUCUCAUUGAUUACAUUAAUUAUCUUCAUUGUAAGUGAAUAAUUGAACUUUGUGAAACCUAAAUAAGUGACAAAAUCUAAUUUUCAUUUUCCAUGCGGUCUUGAAUUUUCCUAGUUCAAAAUCUUACUUUUGAAGCUUCUAAGUUUUCGUGGUCUCUUCCUUCUGAUGAUGCAUUUCGCGGCUUUAAUAUUUUAGGUAAGUGUUGUUUACGUUUGUGAGGCAACGCUAACUAAGAGACUGAUCGAGUUCGAAAAUACAAAAUCUGGUGGGCUGACGGUAAGAUUUUUGUAUCAUCUUUUAAGUCUUUGAGUCGGUGUAAGCCGCUUAUAGAAUUUUUUUUUUAGUUAUUAGUUCUUUCUGAUAAUAUUUUUUCGACUCAUUUGACAAGUAUAUAGUUGUUGCUCCGAGUAUAGACGUAGAAAUUGACUAUCUGAUGUGCUAUUUGAUUUUUAGGUUAUGAUAUACUACUGCAUGCAAGAUGCUUCUUAAAUAAGGAAUAUUUUGUGGAUUUAAGCUUUUGGAUGAUCUUUCUCUUUCAAAUGGAAACCAUUGGUGUUCUGAGAAAAUUGCAUGCAAUCUGGGGAAGCCUAUCUCAUUCAUAUGCCACAGAAAUUAUGAAGAAGGAAUUUUCCUCUCAUCUACCUACAAAGCUGUUAAUUCAUGAAUAGCUAUUUAUGUCUGUUAGACUAGAAUUGAAGACAUCAAAGAAUUGGUUAGGAUGUUCAUGUGCCUGGACAUUGAAUGAGAGUCGUGUUUCUGUCCCACCAGAUUGCCUCGUCAUGACAUGUUGAGGAAAUUUCCUGAUAAACUCUAAUUGCUGAAACACUGCAUCUUAUUCAAGCCUUUAUCAGAUAUGGCAUACCUAUAUAUGUAACUAUUGGAUUCCAGAUUUUAUGAUCUGCAAACAUUUUUUUCUAGAUAAUUCAAUGGCUGGUUAGUAAAGGCUGAUCAAUUGUCCUUCAGAACUUUCCAUGGAAAACAGUGUUCACAUCAGGUCAGGACUUUUCUAGGUUACUUUUGAGAAUCAUUUGAUGAAUAUCUCUCGGCAACGAAAUAACAGGUAGUUUGUUGUGUUCUAAUCUUCCUGGAGCUGACUGAAGUACCAGAGGAACUAUUCUUAAUCCCAUCUAAUCAAGCAAAAUACCUUUUUUUCUGGAUACAACUUAUAAUCUAUUUUUACGAGAAGGUCCUUGAAUAUGUAGCACUGUAGCAAAUGUCACAGCAACAACUGCCAUAACAGCUACCAGCAGUGAUUCCACCAGCGGAAUCCAGUAUCUUCCAUGGAAACUUAUAAGUAGGAGAAGGAUGCUACUUAGUCUCUUUGUUUCUGGGUCGUCCAGAAGAUGGAUCUAAUAUGAUACGAAUGAAGUAUAACAUUUCCAUACCUAUACACACUUGUUUUAUCUUAUCCAGAAGAUGGAUCUCUUUUUCAACAUGAUGCAUGAUACUAAGUUUUAUAGCCUAACUCAGUCGCCCUACAACUAUGCGUUAUCUACUCCAAUCAAUAUAGUUAGAUGGCUUUAGAACCCAAAAGUCUUCUAACAAGCGGGACAGUAAGCUACCAAUUGGAUUUUUCAGUGAAAGCUUCCAUCAGAAGACUAACCAUAAUCACCAUCACAUUUACUUUGAUUGAGGGCUGUAAGAUGAAUUGCUCGAAUUUCUGUAGAAAAUCUCUCCGUCCUCAAUGAGACCAUGAGUUAGAGUGAUGCCUUAAGAAGCAAAGAGCAACUGUAGGAUGUGAGUUUAGACCCUUGUCAAUUAACCGCAUUGGUAUAAAUCGUUUGCUGUUUUGUGAACCUGCGUUUGACUAGAGUGCCAUUUUGGUGAACACGUGAAGUGUCAUGCACCGUGGGUGCAAACACUUUCAUAUUUUUGGAACCAACAAUUGUAUACCUUCUAUCUUUUAUUACUGUUCAUCUAGUACUUUUUGCUAUCAUCUUAUUAGAAUAUUUCCUAUGAUGACUGUAAUAAGCAUUUUGGGUUGUCGGCUUCAAUGAUUGAAAGAUUUUUCAUUUUAGUGUAAAUUCAUGUCUUGCGGAUCAAACUUAUUGCUGCGGAUUUUCGAAAAUGAAUUCUUGCUUGGCUCGUAUAUGCUGUUUUAUUUCCAUAAACAUGGGGUGUAACAUUUAUUUGCAUUGUCAAUUAUUUGAUCUCUCAGAUAGAGGAGUUUCUUACAAAGGCAGAUGAAGAAGAACAUCUGGCAAAUCAGCUUCCAAGCCGUACAAUAAAGUUGUCCAAGAACACAGAACUGCUGUGUGAACAUAAAGACCGGGGUGGGAUUCAUUUUGCUCAUGGACUUUGCAAAGAUUGUUAUGAUGAGGUCUCCCUGAUUUCAUUUAUACACACUUUAUUUCCUAUAAAUCUAGUUACAGUGGUAACCCAGUGUUGUCUUCGUACAGUUUAUUGAAAUUUCGGGUGGGAUUCAGGGAGGUUCAGAGCCUCCAGCAUUCCAGCGUGCUGAAAGGCAGAGAAUCGAAAAGGCUGCUGCUGAAGGAAAGGUUAGAGAAUCAAGCCUAAUAAUUAGUUCUUUUAAUGGGAGAAUCAAUUAGUUUAUCAACUAGAAAACUACUAUGGGGCUCAUUGUCCUACUUGGUUUGACCUAUUUUCUCAGUUUCUUGUAAGUGUAUCCUUGUUUCUCUUUUUGACAUAUCUAUUUAUAUAGUAAGCUAUAUUUGAUUCCCUGAUUUGUGCAUUGUUAAACUAAGAGGAUCGUAGAUGGUUUUCCUUUGUUACUCACUGGGUGAUGUAGGUUGUACGUGUUGAAAAGAGACAUUAUAAUAGGAAAGCAGUUCUUAAUUAGAAGGCUACUGAAAUGAAGGGGUUGACGAGAGAUGGUGAGUUGAGAAAUAAAGCGGGCAUAGUUUUGUGUUAGCAAGUCCGAGAGAAUAUCCUUUAGUGAGAGAUGAAUUACUCUCAAGUUAAAACUAAUACAUAGAAUAUAAGUUGUAAUGUAGUUCCACAUUUGAACCAGAAACCCAAGGAAUGAAGUUUAGGAUACCAGAAUGAGGCUAAUGAUACGUGAACUAUUGUAAUGUAGUCUGGCUAUUACUUAAGGUGCAACUUGGAGAAUAUAUUUUAGUAAAGACGAUUUUUUACUCGAAAUAAAUGAUGAUCUCAAGUGUUCUGUUUCAGAUUAUACAGUUCCUCAAAGAGAACUUUGUCUGACACAUAAACUGACAAGAAAGCCGUCUACGUCAUCUCUUAUAAUCUUAAAAUCUAUUUUAAUUCUGAGUUCACUUAUUAUUGAUCCAGGCUUGAUCCUUAAAUGGCAUGUUGGUUCAUCUUGGAAGUGCACCAUGCUGCUCUCAGUUCAGCUUUCUCCAGUUUUGUUCCUUGAAGGCUAAUUAAGUUGGUUUAUCGUUUAGAACUCUCUCCUCACUGCUGCUAAUUUGUUUAUCGGUGUUGAGCUCCGUGAUGUUCCGUGUCAGCACAUUCAUUGGUGUAUUCUGUCCGCUUAGUUCUCUUCUGUCUGAUGGUAUCAACUGUUGGAUUAGUUUAAAUCACGAAUCGUCAUGAACCUUUCUACUUUCCGCCUUCCCCUUGAUCCUUUUUAUUUAAUUGAUUUGCAGAUUUUUAGUUCUUAUUUUAUGGACAAAAUGGCAUAUCUACUUAUUUUCAUGUGGUGGAACUUCAAUAGAUCCAUGUUAUUUGCAAUUUUAUCUGUCCUGAUUGGAAAAACACAAUUUUGGAGAGGGUUCCUGCACAUUACUCUGAUAGUAAAAGAACUUCAAGUAGAUGAACUGCCAGUAUUAGGUGCUGAUUCUGGUUUGAUGUAGAAUAAAUGUGAUCUGGAGUUGGAAUUUGGAGAAGGAUGACUAGGAUUACGCAGUUUACAAAAAGAACUGACGUUCACUAAAAGUUUGCGAUCAAAGUAGACGAAACUUUCAUUGAAAAAUUUAUCUUCCGCAACCUUUGCACGGUUGCUAUCCAUAGACGCCUGAAAUUAGCUACUUCAAGGAAUUCUUCUCCACUGGGGAACAUGAAAAGAUGUCCUUUUGGCCUGAUAUAACGCUGAAUCCUUAGGGUUAUUUACCACAUACUUUUGAGCUGAAAACUCUUUCAAUUGGGCAGACAUUACUAUAGCCCUCCAGGGUUAUCUUUGGAGCUUGGACUAAACUUUUGAAAAAACGAAAGACGAGAAAAACAAUUAGUAUUUCAUUGUAAAUUCAAUCAUGUUUAUCAUCUAAUUUUGCUGCAGAUGGGCAUGCUCAGAAUAUACGAAUAUAGAUAACUUACAUACGUGUAGAUUGAUAAUUGACUUGUUUUUCUGCCAUAUAGACUCAGAGAAUUCAGUUCAAGCGGGAAUCAAAUGCAGUCAAAGAUGUUCUUUCGGCCAAAAAAUCUGAAAAUUCUGGUAUAUGUUAUAUCCGUAUACUUAUGAACGGUAAUUUCGUGAUCUUAGUCUAGUGGUAAGAUAAGAAAGAAAUAAUUUAUGUUGGCAUUUCAGGAUCUUUCCCUGGGUUCCAGGAUGUCAAUAAGCACAACGACCAACCAUCCAAAGAUUUUGACGCGGAUAGAAAUGUGGCUGUUGACGAAGAAAGUCUUUCUGAUAUUGAUGAUAUUGAGGUAUGGUACAGAGAAUUCCCAUGGCUGUGUAAUAUCAUCAGCCAAGAAGAGAUUAAAUGGGAAGAGAACCAUCUGUUCCCUUUCAUUUCAUGUGGUUAUCUCCUUUGUUUCAUUAGGUUACCUUUUUCUUAAGAGAUGUGCUUCGCUUUUGGCAGGUUUCUGGUUACCUUCACAGUGAGGAGGAGAAGCAGUUGAAAAAAAUAAUUUGGGAAAAGAUGAACAAAGAGUAUCUUGAGGUAAUCAGAUUAAUGCAUUCACUACCUUUCUCCAAUGCUAUUUAUAUUCUAUAACUAUGAAUUUGUCUCUACCAGGAGCAAGCAGCUAAGGAAGCUGCCUCUGCAGCUGCCAAAGAAGCUUAUGAGGCUGCAUUCGGGAAUUGUUCUGAUGAGAUACGCGCUGCUCAAGAACUUGCUGCUGCAGCUGCAGAAGCUGCAGCCAAAACCAGAAAGGUAAAGCAUUCCAUGUAUUGUGCUAUCCUAUUUAUUACCAUUCUUCUCAGUUGCAAAUUUUCCCAUGAAAAGCAUCGAAUCAUGUUGUUUCCAGCUCUAAAUGGAUCUUUCAUUUCCUGGAUUCUGGGGUCCUGGUUUGUCGGAAUGAAUGCUUCUUGAAAUGAUUUGUCAGAUUAUAUUCACUCUCGUCCGUAUGGCUGAUACAUGGAAGAUGAGGCAAAUUCAGCUGCAAUUCACCCCUUUUUCUUCUCAUUAAAUCCAACAUUAUCUGAGACUGUUUCGAAAUGGAAUGGACUCAUUGUAUUUAGUUCUAUACAUGAAUGGUGUGAUUUGUUGGUGGGAGUUAUAAUCUGAUUUGAUUUCUUUGUAUUGCUCCUGUUUCUAAAUAAAGGAAAGGAGACAAAAACGAGCUGAAGAGGCCAAGAACUCUUCUCAGCCACGAAAUGCAGCUGAAGCAACUCGUCAGAUGCUGAAGCGGAAGGUAAUGUUUCUGCUCCCCAAAUCUGAAAGGAAUCCCACCCCACUUUCUUAAUGUUUUCAUAAAACACUUAAAAACUUACCUUCUUUAGCCCUUUCUUGUCUACUUUGCCUUUUCUGGUGUUCUUCUAUGCAGACAUUCAGCUCGAAAAUCAAUUAUGCAGCAUUAGACGCCCUAUUCUCUGUAAGUUCAUUUCCUUUUUUACCUGUACAUUUUUUUAAAAAAUUCGUUUUUGUGUUACAACCUCAUAUUUCCAAUGGCAAUUGAUGCUCCGGCAUGAACAUAUCCGGAUCUUCUGCUCAUUUCAAAUGGGCCCGCGGAGUGGAGUACAUGGUGGUUUCAUUAACGUUUCAACCAAAGUCUUUCUUCAUCCAAUUAAUUAUUCUCAUCUUGUCAAUAGCCCAGAUAAAGAAAAUAAUGGAAAAUAAAUCCGUUUCCUAAAUAUGGCUUGGUGCAGUCCGAUGAGGCGGGGGCAAAGAAGCAACGCCCUGAGUCGGAUGAUGCCAAGCAACCUGGGAAGCAUGAAGAAGUCAAGAAAGAUAAGUUGGAUGAUAAUGUGGCAGCGGACCAUCACGACAACGACUAUAGUGUGGAGCAAGACACGGUUGAAGGAGAUGAAUACAUCGUUGGGGACUAUGACGACGACGAUCGUAGAAAUGGUGGUGACUUUGAAUUUGAGUUUUAUUGAUGGUAAUUUGAUCCCGCUUUAUUUUGAUUCUAUAUCACAAUCUUACCUAAUAAGUUGUCAUCCAUUGUAAAUCAUGUGUAGUAGGGGAAUCAUGGCUAGUUUAGCAUAUGUUACUAUUUUGGGCGGCACUGAUGAAUUUUUUGUGUCCAAUGUAAAGAAAUAUCCUUGUUCAUUGUGCACUAAUUUAUGUCUACAUUUAGCAAAAAUAAUUAUUGUUUUUGACCCUCUUUAAUGAGGAAGUUAUGAAGGAACAAAAUCAGAUUUUUAGUCCAUUAUUCAUGAGAUCUUUGACCUUUAAACUUACAAUGAAUGAUUUAGACCUUUAAACUUACAACGAUAAAAAAAUGAUGUUGGUUAAAUGCACAAGAACUGCUUUAAUUUAUUAAUAAAGAUAAAUAUCUAAAGAGGUUUAAGUUUUUAUUACUAUUAAAAAAAUAAAAUUAGUGCAUUGGUUUUUAAAUGGGUUAAAAAAAAUUAUUCAUCUCUUUAAAGAAUAGAAAAAAUAAAAAUGAUAAAAAAGUAAAUUAAGAAGAGAAAAUUGUACAAGCUGUAUUGGUUCUAUGGGUACAAUACAUCACUUGAACCAUUGUGCUUCAUACCUUCAAUUAUUAAUUUUACAUCAUUCUUUUUUUCCCCUGGAAAUUGCAAAAAGAAUUAA